AUGGACUGGGUACUCGCCGUAGCUCACCCCAAGCUUUUGUACGGCGAUGCAACUGUUUCCUGGACUUUCUUGGUACCCAGCUUCUUGCAUAUGGCUACAAGCUUUGUGCUAUUGGGGGUAUGCGCAUCUGAUUAUCUGUGUCCAAAUGUUGCGAGAUUAGCGGAUUCCAAUGGUCAUGGUACGGGAACUCUAAUGGCAGUACUUUUGUCUUGGUGCAAUUCAUCUCCUGAUCUCUUCUCGAAUUUUAUGAGUUGGGUUACGCCUACAAAUCAUGGAUCUAACGGUGGUUCUUCAAUGGCUGCUUCUCUGUCGAUAGGUGAAGUACUAGGUGCAUGCGGUAUCAUAUUAUGUGUGGUAAUUGGGUCUAUUUUCACAAUAAUGGCUUCUGUGAGUGUGGAACUGACAAAGGCUCAAAGGCACAGUUUUGUUAGAGAUCUAGGGUUUGCUUUUGUUGCCAUUGGGAUUUUAUGUUAUGUGUGCCUUCGAAACAGAAUCACCGUGUUAAACUGUUGCCUGAUGGUGAUGGUGUAUUUGGUGUAUUUGAUCUUCAAAUUUAAGUACAGAGUUUUGGAAAAUGCACUCUCUACAGAUGCUUUGGAACUAGAUACAAACCAUUCUUCUGAACAGGCAUUGAUCGAUGAAAAUACCCUUAGGAGUCAUAUUAAACCAAGUAUUAUAUCUGCAAUGGAUUUUAACAGUCUUUUAACCAUGCUAGAGAAUUCAAAGACUGGCAGCAAAGGUAGAACCGAAUUGGAGGAUUUAGCAAAUCCUCAAGGUGAUAGUCGGUUAUUUGUUCCUCAGAGACCCAACACAGAACCAACAAGAAGAGGUUCACAUAGUGACGAGCUUGCAGAUGUCUCUAACAUGUUAGCAGUGCCACAAUCUUCACCUGCAGCGUUUGGACCCUACCACGAUGAUCCUGAAAUAGCAAUUCAAGAAGAACUCGCUAUCCAAGAACCAGCAGCAACUAGUCGGCCGCCAAGAAAAGGUCAAUUCAAAAGGCUAAAGAGCGGGCUCUUUCGGCUUUUUUUACCACACUUGGUGGAUUUAAAUAAAAAAACUGUGGUUGAUGCAAUCCUCUCACUCUUAACUGCACCAUUUGUCAUUUUACUGCGUUUGUCAUGUCCUCAACCUUUUGAAAUAGCGGAAUUCGAUGAUUAUUCAGGCAAAUAUGUUAUCUCUACGAUGGACAUAACACUGUUAUUUAUACAAUCGGUGAUCUGCCCGCAUAUUUGUCUCAUUAUAUUAUCCUGUAUCAUGGAUCACAAAUUAUCCAUCAUUUAUUGGAUUUUGGCUAUGAUAUGUUCAGUCGGACUAACUACUCUAAUGCUACAGUUUUACAAGUCCUUAUUAUCACACAACAGGUUUUCUUUGUUAAGACCCACUUUAUGGGAACAAGAAAGUGCAUCAGAAAGCAGGAGGGUUGUUGAAAAAUCAGGCACUGUGAUUGCUAUCCUUUUCACCACAGUGGGAAUCAUUAACUCCAUAUUGUGGAUCUCUUUAAUUGCCAAUUCCGUAAUCGAAAUGAUGGAGCUUUAUCAAAGGAUUACCCACAUCUCACAAGCGAUACUGGGUCUCACCAUAUUUGCCUGGGGGAACUCCAUAAGCGAUAUAAUUUCAAACAUCGCUAUGUGCAGAUUGUAUCGUAAGUUACCACAGGGCGAGAGUUCUGACAGCGAUAAGGUGGCAACCAAAUUCUUUAUGAUAUCUUGCACUUCUUGUCUAGGAGGUGUCAUGCUAAAUUCCAUGGGUGGCAUUGGUAUCAGUGGAUUAGUUGCCCUGGUAUUCAUACUUGACGGUAAUGGGAAGUGGUGGUUCGAAAGGUCUGUAGAACUUCAUUCUAAUGGUGCCAUUGACUACAAAUUUAUUGUCUCAUGCAUUGCAUUGGUACUACAGAUAUUGCUUUUAGCACUAAUAUUUGGAAGUCCAUCUUCAACACACCAGUGGUUCAAAGAAAGGAUGAAACCAUUGGGUAUUACCAUGUGCUGUAUUUGGGGAGUUGCUACACUAUGCAAUAUUCUCUUAGAAUCAUUUUAG